CGCGACGACUCCAGACCAACCGAGGCCCAACUAACCACAGGAGUUCACCAUGUCGCGCCCGACCGUCACCGUCAUUAAUGCGGAUGGCUCUGCCUCCCAGGACACCCUCCCUAUCGCCAAUGUCUUCAAGGCACCCAUCCGCCCUGACAUUGUUCAUGCCGUUCACACUGGGAUGAACAAGAACAAGCGUCAACCUUAUGCUGUCUCCGAGAAGGCUGGCCACCAGACCUCUGCCGAGUCUUGGGGCACAGGUCGUGCUGUCGCACGUAUCCCCCGUGUGUCGGGUGGAGGAACCCACCGUGCCGGCCAGGCUGCCUUCGGUAACAUGUGCCGUUCCGGACGCAUGUUCGCCCCGACCAAGGUCUGGCGCAAGUGGCACCAGAAGAUCAACCUGAACCAGAAGCGAUUCGCUACCGCAUCCGCUCUCGCCGCUUCUUCCAGCGCUGCUCUUCUGCUCGCCCGUGGUCACGAAGUCUCGACCGUCCCCGAGGUUCCCCUCGUCAUCUCCUCGUCUGCUUUCGCCAACGCUGCCAUCUCCAAGACCUCCAAGGCUGUGGCUCUGCUGAAGGCCGUUGGUGCGGGCCCUGACGUUGAGAAGGUCAAGAAGUCCCGCAAGCUCCGUGCCGGUAAGGGUAAGAUGCGAGGCCGCCGCUACACGCAGCGCCGUGGUCCUCUGGUCGUCUACAACCCCGAUGAGGAUGGCAAGGAGCUUGUCCUUGCUUUCCGCAACAUCGCUGGCGUUGAGACUUCGUCCGUCUACUCCCUGAACCUUCUCCAGCUCGCCCCAGGCGGCCAUCUUGGCCGUUUCAUCAUCUGGACGUCGUCUGCCUUUGCUGCGCUCGACAAGAUCUACGGGUCCACGACCGAGCCUUCGGCACUCAAGAAGGACUUCCUCCUGCCUUCCACCAUCAUGAAGCAGCCCGACCUCAGCAAGCUCAUCAACUCUUCCGAGGUCCAGAACGUCCUCCGCCCCGUCCGCGGCGGUGCCAUCACCAAGCGCACUGUCGUCCAGAAGAAGAACCCUCUCAAGAACUUCCAGGUGCAGCUCCGCCUCAACCCGUAUGCGGCUGCUUUCUCGAAGGAGAAGUUGGGUCAGCAGAAGGUGGAGUCCAAGGGCAAGCCCCAGAAACCCGCCGAGGCUUUCCAGGGGCUGUUGAAGGAGGACUAAGACAAAGGUGUUGGGUCGGGUUACAACUUCUUUUACGGUUUAGGGACAGCGACAAAAUGGUGGCUUUUCAUGUAGCUGCCAUGAUGGAUAUCCAAAUGAGAACAUUCUCUCGAUUUCAAA